CUGUAUUGGGCUAGUUGGGUUAAGUUAGGUUGAGUUAGAUUGGGUUAAGAAGGUUUCAAAAAUCCGGUGGUGAAUGGUGUUGUUUACAACGCUUACACCUCCGUGGCUGUUGGAUACAACUAUUUUCUGUUUAAAGAAAAUUUUGCUGCUAGCCAUAAUGAGUCGUCGGCAGACCCCCAAUGAAUUUCUUCAGCAAAUUAUUGGCCGUCCUGUUGUAGUGAAGCUCAACUCUGGAGUUGAUUAUCGAGGUGUACUGGCAUGUCUGGAUGGCUACAUGAAUAUAGCACUGGAACAGAGUGAAGAAUACUUGAAUGGUCAACUGAAGAACAAGUAUGGUGAUGCAUUUAUUAGAGGCAAUAAUGUCCUUUAUAUCUCCACUCAGAAGAGAAGAGGCUGAUUAUUGGAGUAGAAUUUUCACAUUGCUUGUAAUGGACUUUGACAGGUACAAAAUGGUGUUUUAUUUGUAGCCACAAGUUUGAUGUUAAAUAAUGAAACAGGCUUACAGUAUCUCUUUCUGUAAGGGCAGUAAAAAAAUUUUUUGUAUCAAAGCAUUUUGUUCAGGAUUUAAUUUGUAUUUUGUCCAAAUAAACUUAAACGUUGUUUAGCUUAAAGCUACACUAAGCAUUAUUAUUUACUUUUGAUGACCUGAAAGGCUGCUAAUAUACUGGAGUAUGUACUCCUGGUAUUUUCCAACACACACACUGGUGAUGUUGUAUUAUACCUUGGCUAUAUUGUAUUAUUCCAUCAAGGAUCUGACAUUAUCAGCUCAGCCAUGUUCAGAGAUUUUUUGUCAUGGCUGCAGGACUUUGAUUAUAGAAUAAUGUAGCAUACUGUACAGUAUAUAUGUUACAGCAUUGUUGUUGAUGAAAAUCAAAAUACUUUUGAGUAUAUAUCAGAAUACUGUACAUGCAUUGCCAAAGAAGUCAUGCAUUUGUAUCUGAGUUACUUACAUUAUGCAAAAGCAUUUAUUUUUGUUUGAAAUAAAAAUGAUCAUUGUAAUAUUACAAUAAUACCAGACUGUCAUACAUAUUUGGUUAUAAUGAUUGAGAAUAGAGCAGUGGUUCUGUACAUCUUUAUUUAUAUGGAAACCUUAAAAUGUAAUAGUUGUGAGAAAGUAAGUAUUGUAAUACUGUAUUUACAAUAAUCCCCAACUCGGCUACUUGUUUAUUGUAACAUUUGAGAUACAAGUGGUUACAAAAUGAUUUUGUAAUUAAAAGCUAUAAUGGAUAAAAACUGAAUCACUUGCUCACCUUAAUUUGUUUGAAAUAAACUGCUGCAUUA